UCCUUUGCCUCCUUUCUCUUCGACCCGCCCCCCCCUCCAUGGGCCUAAGCGAGCGGGAACUGUCCAAGGUGCUAGAAUGCUGGCUGCUCGGCUGCUGAAUGCAAGAGGAUUGCCGAAAAAGAGGCGCACCAGAUUACUGCUGAUAGCCGAAGGUAGGCUCGCUCUUUGUUUGAGAAUCCCUGAUUAAUCAACAACAGCAUCAACCAACAGAGAGGGAGAGGGAGCGAGAGAGAAAGACUGCCUGUAGUCACAGGGAGAGACGCAGAGACAGAGAGAGACUGUUUCAGAUCUUCAGUGUUUAGGUGGCAAUGAGAGCGACCGAGAGCAUCCUUUUCUGCCGCAAGAAGCCAUUUGAAUAGGAUGUGUUCUGUCCCUUCUUUUCCUUUCUUUUGGUCUUCGCAGCGUCCACUCCAAUGAGGCACCUCAGUCACCUUUGUAUCAUCGCAUAUGUUGGUGCUGUAAUCUUCUGUGUGGUGAAGUGGAUACAAAAAAAAUCCUCCCAUUUCUUUUCUGUUGGACUUCAAAGCAGGGUCCUGUUGGUGCCCCCCUGAUACCUUAGCUCUCCGUUCUCUGCAUGUGGAUUUAAGAUGCCUGGUCCCAUCCUUUGCCCUGCUGCAUUUUGGAAACUCAAACUUUAAAAGGCAAUUUUAAUCCUAGACCGAGAAGAUCGCUCUCUUUUUAAUACAACAAACACCACUGACUACUAGAGAUGUAGAAUUCUACAAUCUGGACAUCUUUGCCAAGAAGAUCUCAAGCACUUUAAUAGAAGAAAAAAUAAAACCUGAGCCAAUCUGCAAAAUCUGUUUUGUAUGGUGCUGAAAUAUUCCUUCAGACUGCACUGAGAUAACCUACAGGAAAGGGCUUUUACAGACAAAAGUCACCUUUAAUUGUUGCACUUAGCGGUCCCCGGAGGACUUUAAUUUUGGAAGUGUUUGCCUCUGUUUAUUAUUUUCCACAAGAUGAUGAGUUCUAAUCAGGAGGAGGUCACUUUGGACACUUUUCUCCAGUAUAUUGAAGAUAUGGGCAUGAAGGCCUACGAUGGCUUGGUGAUACAGAACGCGUCCGACAUUGCUCGAGAGAACGAUCGCAUGAGGAAUGAAACAAACCUGGCAUACUUGAAAGAAAAGAACGAAAAACGCCGGAAACAAGAAGAAGCAAUAAAACGCUUAGGCGGCGAAGUGGUGCGAGGACACGAAGGAGGCUAUGUGGGCAAACAUUUCCGCAUGGGGUUUAUGACGAUGCCCGCUCCUCAAGACAGGCUACCGCACCCUUGCUCUAGUGGCUUCUCCGUGAGAUCCCAGUCGCUUCAUUCUGUCGGAGGAACGGACGACGAAAGCAGCAGCUGCUCUCGCAAGCAGCCACCCCCAAAACCCAAACGCGACCCCAAUACCAAGCUAAGCACAUCUUCUGAAACUGUCAAUGCUGGAACAACAAAUAAGAGUGGAAAGUUACCAGACAGGACUGAAGUGUCAUCCAAACCCAGGCCUCACAGUGAUGAAUACACUAAGAAGAUUCCACCCCCGAAGCCAAAACGGAAUCCAAACACUCAGCUAAGUGCGUCUUUUGACGAGACGUACAUCAAAAAGCAUGCCCCCGCAAAAUCAGCUCUAAGUCGGGAUGCCUCCUUGUCACAGGUCAGCAGUCCUGCUCCAGACACAGAGGAAGAGGAGCCUGUUUAUAUCGAAAUGGUUGGGAAUAUAUUAAGAGAUUUCAAAAAAGAUGAGGAGGACCAAAGUGAGGCAGUAUAUGAGGAAAUGAAGUACCCCAUCUUUGAUGAUGGAGGCCAAGAUUCAAAAUGUCUAUGUGAGUAUGACCAUCACAGCUGUUCUUCUCAGUGUGCUACUCCCACAGUGCCUGACCUUGACUUCUCCAAGUCCUCAGUGCCAUCAACUCCCAAGGGUGUGCUUUGUGACAUCCCCCCACCAUUUCCAAAUUUGCUUUCUCAUAGACCUCCACUCCUGGUUUUUCCACCUGCGCCAGUGCAAUGCUCCCCAAAUUCUGAUGAAUCUCCUCUAACACCUCUGGAAGUCACCAAGCUUCCUGUGUUAGAAAAUGUGUCUUAUAUCAAACAGCAAGCUGGAGCUUCUCCAUCUUCACUGCCACCUCACACUCCAAGUCAUCCAAAACUGGAGAAAGACCAGUCAAUAUCUCAUGGAACUAGUACUCCAGGGCACUCCUCUUCACCUCCUCAUCCUUCUACCUUAUACAGAACACAGUCUCCACAUGGCUAUCCCAAAAGCCACUCUGCCUCUCCCUCUCCUGUGAGUAUGGGUCGGUCACUUACCCCCUUAAGUCUCAAAAGACCUCCUCCUUAUGACUCUGUACAUUCAGGAAGUCUCUCAAGAAGUUCUCCAUCAGUGCCUCAUUCUACAGCCAGAAACAUGUUGCAAGAAGGGGGGAAAAUGGUAAACGCCUCUGUCAAUACCUAUGGGUCAUCAUCGCAGAGUGGUUCACGUUCUAGAACACCUACCAGUCCUCUAGAGGAAUUAACUAGCCUUUUUACCUCAGGACGAAGCUUACUGAGGAAAUCCUCCAGUGGAAGAAAAUCUAAAGAGCCUGCAGAGAAACCAUUAGAUGAACUGAAGAUCAGGAGUCACAGCACUGAACCACUACCAAAGCUGGAAAACAAAGAGAGAGGAGGUCACCAUGGGACAUCUUCCUCCAGAGAGCCAAUAAAAGCUCAGGAAUGGGAUGGGACACCAGGACUACCAGUUGUUUCCAGUAGACUUGGAAGGUCUUCAGUCAGUCCAACAAUGCUGGCAGGAAACAACAGCUCGGUGCUACUCCUGUGCUGGUCCCAGAACACCAGAGACAAAAUAGAACCGAAAGCAAGUUGCCGAUUGGGACGAUCAGCAUCCACAUCAGGUGUGCCUCCUCCCUCUGUUACUCCUCUCAGGCAAGCCAGCGAUCUGCAACCGAGCCAGGUGACAUGUAUGCAGUGGUUGCAUGGAGACCAUACAAUGCUGGAAAUGAUUGAGAAAAAACGUUGCCUGUGCAAGGAAAUCAAGGCUCGACAGAAAUCCGAGAAAGGACUUUGCAAACAGGACAGCAUGCCCAUACUGCCAAGCUGGAAGAAGAACACAGGGACCAAGAAGUACAGUCCUCCUCCAUAUUCCAAACAACAAACUGUUUUCUGGGAUACUGCAAUAUGAUAGGAGCGCGGAGGAAUGUCUUCUGCA